CACCAGACGACUUCCCUCGAGCGAUGGCAGCUGAUCAACACUUACACUUCACACUCGACCAUGAUGAUACACCUCAAUUUGGCACUUCUGGUACUCUUGAUAGGUUUGUGUGAUACUUUGGUGCCAGAGGUGAGCCAGGAGGGGUUGUUGCAGCCCUACUAUACCUACCAAGAUGUCACCCUCUUUCAUUUCCACAUACCCCAUGAGGUGACCCGGGCAACAUGGGAGUUUGCAGCCUUUAUGGAUGACCCAGGAUGCCCUGUGCGGGAAGUGCAUGUGCUUGUCCAACAUGGUAGCUAUCCAGUGGUUGGCAAAGACAAUUCAACGUUCAAAGAUUAUAUGUACAUAGAAAGGGCAGCAGUCCAUAAGGUGACAACAUACUCUGCAUACCAGCCACAUGAUGCCACAAUCCUACCUGUUUACAACCCUCUCCCAGGAAGUUGGUUUGCUGCAGCAUACAUCCCCAACUGGAAUGAACAAAUGCAGCAAGAGGGUAUCGUUCACAAAUGUCGAUACAGUUUAGGGUCUGUUGCAAUGUGGAGUCAAAAGGAACAGAUACACACCAUCAACAUUGGGAAAAGGCAGACUGUGUGCACACAUGAAAAUCUCUCAUAUUACAGAUUUUAUGUUCCUUCGCACACAUGGUUCCUGCAAAUCAACAUCACCAACUGCCAGAUACGGGAAGAAAUCAUCAACCACGACACGUGGGAACGCCUUUUCCGUUGGUGCAUCCGCUCACUCUCCCUUCAGGCUAGGUCACUCCCGACCUUUGACCCGGAUGGAGGGGCUGCCAACAUCUCUCAGGGAGGAGGUCACGUAUUCACCGAGACCAGACCCUUUUCUGACGGGUAUUACUAUCUCCUGGUCAACACUGAGGGGGAGACUAUGAUGGAUAUCACCAUCGAGACUAAAGAAUGUGGCGGGACUUUCUCAGACAGCACUCCACGCAUACAAGAAAUAAAGACUUCCAGUUUCAUGGAGGUGUCGUCAAAACAGGAUGUCAGGUUAGACGGAACUGUGUCACCAAACAUUACAAUGUCAGUCUCCACAAGCAGUACAUCAGCUGAACAGCAAGAACUAGAGAACACAAUGAGCCCGAGAUGGGAUUCAGACAAUGUACCUGAUGAAAGUCACAAGUGUUACCCAAUCCUCCAGUUAGCUCGCAUCAAACACCCUAGUGACUUUACAGAUACCUUUUUAAUUCAGGGACCAGAAUGGUACAGUACCUGGCUUUCAAUGCGAGGAGAUGUUCCAGUCUUCACUCACCUUACAUUGCUGCCUUUCACAGAUAUUGGGGGAACACUUAGUAUCAAUUUACGCAUGGAUGAAAUCCUUAUGAAUGCAACAAGCCAGCUGAUAACGGUAGUAGGGUGCAUUCGAAAAGCUCGCCCUCCAGAGGUCAAGGACGACUUGCUGGUUUGUGAUGACGAGCAACUCACACUCAACAUCACCUCUUUCUCAGCAAGCACUGUCACGGACUUCAUUCUGAUUCCAUUCCCAGAGCCUGACACUUGGUUCCUUGCCCUCCAGACAAUCUGCUAUUACAAAGGGGUUAAAGCUCCAUGCAAGAUAAAUCAAGUCAUGGUUAGUGUUGACAUCCGAACUCAGCCUUGCGUCUUCACUGGGGAGCAACCCUGUGGUGGUCAUGGUUUGUGCCAGGAAACACAUCGUGGCAUGUUUUUCUUCACCAGUUGUAUUUGUACAGCUGGCUGGGAGGGAUGGGGUUGUGAGGAUGGAGCAGCCUACCAGGGUUGGAAUGCAUUCCUAACAGGACUUUGCUUAUUGACUGUUAGCAAUGUUUUCUUUAUACCACCCACAAUAAUUGCCAUACGCCGCCGCCUCUAUGCCCAGGCUCUCCUGUUCACUGCAACCAUGAUUGCAUCCAUAUUUUAUCAUGCUUGUGAUAAUGAGGUGCUGUCAUAUUGUUUGACCAAAUAUGAGGUGCUGCAGUUCACAGACUUCUUCUUCUCACUACUUUGCUUUUGGGUGACAAUUGUCAACUUAGCUGGGAUGGAUGAAACAUUAUGUCCCUUUUUACACACUCUUGGAGUUGUUAUUAUUGCUCCUGCCGUCCAGUAUAGCAGAACAGCCUUAGCAUCCUUUACAUUUCCUAUGGCUGUUGCAACUGCUAUUCCAAUCUGCCGCAUUCUUUACCGGCGGUGGCACAAGGGAUCUUGGCCUUCAGUCCAGCCUCGUCAGAUACUCUACCGUGGGACUGGCGUGGGUCUUGCCCUCGUUGGCCUUAUGAUGUUUGCUCUUAUACAGACCAAGGAUAACUACAAAUAUGUACACAGCGCCUGGCACGUCAUCAUCGCAAUCUCUCUUGUCUUCCUGCUUCCGUCCCAAAACUCGCCUGACUCGGGCCACAAAGUUCCAUACCCAACGGUACAGUUUUCAGCCUCCUCCAUGGUCAGUGAUGACGCUGAGCUGAUUGACGUUGGCUCAGCGACGGUAGAUUAUACUACAUCCUCUCCAGUCUUCCAAGUCGCUUCAGAUGUCGAUUUCCUCCUGGCAGAUAACAGCGAGGGAACGCAAUGAUUGGGCAGGCACUUGCUCGGGUUCAGGUGUGACGUGGUGUUAGAUGGUAGCACAGGUUUGAUGUUUGGAAGAACUUGUGAGAUUUUCUAAUGAGUUGUGCUGCAUAGAAGUAGAAAAUGGGAAAUUAUUUUCUGGAUAUUGUUUUCCCUUUUUUAUAUAUAUUUUACAGCUCUUUUUAGUUCUUCCCCAACUUCCCUGUGGAAUGUGUAUUGUGAUAAUCAACUUUACUCUUUAUUUACCUGAUAUCAAAGUGUUCAUUUCCCAUAAUUUCAUAAUCAUUAGCAUUUAAUCUCAUUCCUGAAGCAUCAUCAUCUUAAUCCCAUUGCUCUCUAUCCUUUUGGAAUAUUUCUCAAAGUGGAAACAUAAUAUAAUCCCAAAACAAUAGCAAAGUUCGGAGCUUUAUGUGCAUACAUGAUAGGAAAACUUUGUUAUUUUGUGGGAUUUGAUAUUUCAACUCAGAUUGUUCUGACUGGAUUUUAUGCUAAGAAGAUUCUUAACACUACUUUUUAUUUUUUUUUAUGUAUUAUUAUUUUUUCAUGCUUUUGCCACAUUCCCUCCAGUGUGCACACUGAGGAUGACAAUGGCCAAGUUCCAUCCUUAACCCAAUGAAUCUGGAGGCUUCACCACUAUUUCAUGGCCCAAAAUAUGGGUAUUAGCUUACUUGGGUGGCUACUCUGCCGGGUGUGUAAUUUGUAGACUGGGUGCGCAUGAACACUCUUGUGCGGUGAUAAGACUCCAUACCUCCCCUUUGUAAUAUUGUUUUCUCUUUUUCUUCAUAAUCAUUUUUAUUUUUUUGUUGUUGCCAUUUUUCAAUGUGUAUAUUUGUCAUUUGAUGAUUUGCUUUAUUCAGAUGGUAAAAGACAGACUUCAUAUCACCUCUCUUAGUAGUCCAUUUUGUUAUUUGUGUUAUUUAAGUUUUUUUCAUAAAAUUCAAUUUCCUGUAGUGCGACCUGCGCUGCUGGUCAUCGCAGGCAAUAGAAUCCUGAGCAGGGAAAUACAUUCUCCCUAGAGCCGGUGCUCGUCUAGUCAUGGCUCAAGGAUGUUACAUUCCACACUAGUUUAAUGAAGGAAAUAAUGUAAAAGCCCCUUCCUAAAUGCCCAAUGAGUAAUCACCCCCACAGAGCUUUGUGCACUCGCAGCAAGUCAUUCCCCGUCGCAGUAGCCUUCAGCUGAAAUUCUCAUGACAUGUUCACUUCACACAGCCCUCAGCUAAAUUUUUUCAUGACAUGAUGGCCAUGUCAUCCAGAUUGUAGGGGUUAAGAGAUAAGAGCUGAUGAAAGAGUAAAAGGCAAAACCUCAGCCAGUCUCAUUACUCUUGGUAGAGCUUCAAAAAGUUUUCUUCCUUGCCCUAACUGAAUUUUAUUGGCCAAAGAUGCCCUUUAUUCAUAAUUUUGAAUGUUGUUGAUUAGCUGUUAACUUUUUUUUUUAUGUUGCUAAACCUCAUCUGGGUGAAUCUCCGUGAGACAGCCAGAAACGUGAAACAGUAUCAUCUUUCCCAGGAAAAUAUUUAUUGUUUGUCAUAUUGUCCCCUUUGUUGGUUCAUAUUUAGUUCUUCUAUCUCUUUAUAAAUUCCUUAUUUGUAUAUAUUUGUUUUAUAUUUUGAAAGCUGUGUUAUUUUUCACAUCUACACUCACACUCACUCACACUCACUGUGUGUGUGUGUGUGUGUGUGUGUGUGUGU